AUGAUUAUUCAAAGAGAACGCUACCCAGUUGAAUCAUAUGCUGUAACAAGUAAAGAUGGAUACAUCACUAUUUUAUACAGAACACCAAAUAAUGGUAAACCUGCAUUCGUUCAACAUGGAGCUGUGUCCAGUUCGGAGAUUUUCGUCACGGAAACGUUUCAGUUACAUAAUCGAGGUUACGACAUUUGGUUGGGAAACAAUCGAGGAAGUUUCAACUCUCCAGAACAUCAGUAUUUACCUAAAAACUCGAGAGAAUAUUGGAAUUACACAAAUAUUUGCAAAUUGGAUGAUUUGGGUGAUUAUGAGUUACCUGCGGUGAUCGAUUUCAUCGCACAAAAAACUGGAAAGAAAGAGAAGAUCAUAUACGUGGGGCAUUCACAGGGAACAACUAUAGGCAUCAUCUACAACUUGCUAUAUCCGGAGCAUGCGAAGGAGAAUUUGGAGUGA